GGCGCUGACCCGGAGGCGGCGGCGGCGGUGCCCGGAUGGAGGCACGUCAUUGUCCCCCGCCGGGCGGCUGGGCUGUGUGCGGCGGCGGCGGCGGCGGCGGCGGCCGAGGGGGAUGGAGCGAGCGCCGAGCCGGGUCAGAGUUGAACAAUGACCAUAGUUGACAAAGCUUCUGAAUCUUCAGACCCAUCAGCCUAUCAGAAUCAGCCUGGCAGCUCCGAGGCAGUCUCACCUGGAGACAUGGAUGCAGGUUCUGCCAGCUGGGGUGCUGUGUCUUCAUUGAAUGAUGUGUCAAAUCACACACUUUCUUUAGGACCAGUACCUGGUGCUGUAGUUUAUUCGAGUUCAUCUGUACCUGAUAAAUCAAAACCAUCACCACAAAAGGAUCAAGCCCUAGGUGAUGGCAUCGCUCCUCCACAGAAAGUUCUUUUCCCAUCUGAGAAGAUUUGUCUUAAGUGGCAACAAACUCAUAGAGUUGGAGCUGGGCUCCAGAAUUUGGGCAAUACCUGUUUUGCCAAUGCAGCACUGCAGUGUUUAACCUACACACCACCUCUUGCCAAUUACAUGCUAUCACAUGAACACUCCAAAACAUGUCAUGCAGAAGGCUUUUGUAUGAUGUGUACAAUGCAAGCACAUAUUACCCAGGCACUCAGUAAUCCUGGGGACGUUAUUAAACCAAUGUUUGUCAUCAAUGAGAUGCGGCGUAUAGCUAGGCACUUCCGUUUUGGAAACCAAGAAGAUGCCCAUGAAUUCCUUCAAUACACUGUUGAUGCUAUGCAGAAAGCAUGCUUGAAUGGCAGCAAUAAAUUAGACAGACACACCCAGGCCACCACUCUUGUUUGUCAGAUAUUUGGAGGAUACCUAAGAUCUAGAGUCAAAUGUUUAAAUUGCAAGGGCGUUUCAGAUACUUUUGAUCCAUAUCUUGAUAUAACAUUGGAGAUAAAGGCUGCUCAGAGUGUCAACAAGGCAUUGGAGCAGUUUGUGAAGCCGGAACAGCUUGAUGGAGAAAACUCGUACAAGUGCAGCAAGUGUAAAAAGAUGGUUCCAGCUUCAAAGAGGUUCACUAUCCAUAGAUCCUCUAAUGUUCUUACACUUUCUCUGAAACGUUUUGCAAAUUUUACUGGUGGAAAAAUUGCUAAGGAUGUGAAAUACCCUGAGUAUCUUGAUAUUCGGCCAUAUAUGUCUCAACCCAACGGAGAGCCAAUUGUCUACGUCUUGUAUGCAGUGCUGGUCCACACUGGUUUUAAUUGCCAUGCUGGCCAUUACUUCUGCUACAUAAAAGCUAGCAAUGGCCUCUGGUAUCAAAUGAAUGACUCCAUUGUAUCUACCAGUGAUAUUAGAUCGGUACUCAGCCAACAAGCCUAUGUGCUCUUUUAUAUCAGGUCCCAUGAUGUGAAAAAUGGAGGUGAACUUACUCAUCCCACCCAUAGCCCCGGCCAGUCCUCUCCCCGCCCCGUCAUCAGUCAGCGGGUUGUCACCAACAAACAGGCUGCGCCAGGCUUUAUCGGACCACAGCUUCCCUCUCACAUGAUAAAGAAUCCACCUCACUUAAAUGGGACUGGACCAUUGAAAGACACGCCAAGCAGUUCCAUGUCGAGUCCUAACGGGAAUUCCAGUGUCAACAGGGCUAGUCCUGUUAAUGCUUCAGCUUCUGUCCAAAACUGGUCAGUUAAUAGGUCCUCAGUGAUCCCAGAACAUCCUAAGAAACAAAAAAUUACAAUCAGUAUUCACAACAAGUUGCCUGUUCGCCAGUGUCAGUCUCAACCUAACCUUCAUAGCAAUUCUUUGGAGAACCCUACCAAGCCCGUUCCCUCUUCUACCAUUACCAAUUCUGCAGUACAGUCUACCUCGAACGCAUCUACGAUGUCAGUUUCUAGUAAAGUAACAAAACCGAUCCCCCGCAGUGAAUCCUGCUCCCAGCCCAUGAUGAAUGGCAAAUCCAAGCUGAACUCCAGCGUGCUGGUGCCCUAUGGCGCCGAGUCCUCUGAGGACUCUGACGAGGAGUCGAAGGGGCUGGGCAAGGAGAAUGGGAUUGGUACGAUUGUGAGCUCCCACUCUCCCGGCCAAGAUGCCGAAGAUGAGGAGGCCACUCCGCACGAGCUCCAAGAACCCAUGACCCUAAACGGUGCUAAUAGUGCAGACAGUGACAGUGACCCGAAAGAAAAUGGCCUGCCGCCUGAUGGUGCCAGCUGCCAAGGCCAGCCUGCCCUGCACUCAGAAAAUCCCUUUGCUAAGGCAAACGGUCUUCCUGGAAAGUUGAUGCCUGCUCCUUUGCCGUCUCUCCCAGAAGACAAAAUCUUAGAAACCUUCAGGCUUAGCAACAAACUGAAAGGCUCGACGGAUGAAAUGAGUGCACCUGGAGCAGAGAGGGGCCCUCCCGAGGACCGCGACGCCGAGCCUCAGCCUGGCAGCCCCGCCGCCGAAUCCCUGGAGGAGCUAGAUGCGGCCGCCGGCCUCAGCAGCACCAAGAAGGCUCCGCCGCCCCCCGAUCCCGGCACCCCCGCUACCAAAGAAGGCGCCUGGGAGGCCAUGGCCGUCGCCCCCGAGGAGCCUCCGCCCAGCGCCGGCCAGGACAUCGUGGGGGACACAGCACCCCCUGACCUGUGUGAUCCCGAGAGCUUAACAGGCGACGCGAGCCCGUUGUCCCAGGAUGCAAAGGGGAUGAUCGCGGAGGGCCCGCGGGACUCGGCGUUGGCGGAAGCCCCGGAGGGGUUGAGUGCGGCUCCGCCUGCGCGGUCGGAGGAGCCCUGCGAGCAGCCACUCCUUGUUCACCCCAGCGGGGACCACGCCCGGGACGCUCAGGACCGAUCCCAGAGCUUGGGCGCACCGGAGGCCGCAGAGGGGCCGCCAGCUCCUGUGCUGGACAUGGCCCCGGCCGGUCACCCGGAAGGGGAUGCUGAGCCUAGUCCCGGCGAGAGGGUCGAGGACGCCACGGCGCCGAAAGCCCCAGGCCCUUCCCCAGCGAAGGAGAAAAUCGGCAGCCUCAGAAAGGUGGACCGAGGCCACUACCGCAGCCGGAGAGAGCGCUCGUCCAGCGGGGAGCCCGCCAGAGAGAGCAGGAGCAAGACUGAGGGCCACCGUCACCGGCGGCGCCGCACCUGCCCCCGGGAGCGCGACCGCCAGGACCGCCACGCCCCGGAGCACCACCCCGGCCACGGCGACAGGCUCAGCCCUGGCGAGCGCCGCUCUCUGGGCAGGUACAGUCACCACCACUCCCGACACCGGAGCGGGGCGGAGCCGGACUGGGUCAGACACCACUACACCGAGGGCGAGCAUGGCUGGGGCCGGGAGAAGUUCUACCCCGACAGGCCGCGCUGGGACAGGUGCCGGUACUACCAUGACAGGUACACCCCGUACGCUGCCCGGGACUGGAAGCCCUUCCACGGUGGCCGCGAGCACGAGCGGGCCGGGCUGCACGAGCGGCCGCACAAGGACCACAACCGGGGCCGUAGGGGCUGCGAGCCGGCCCGGGAGAGGGAGCGGCACCGCCCCAGCAGCCCCCGCGCAGGCGCGCCCCACGCCCUCGCCCCGCACCCCGACCGCUUCUCCCACGACAGAACUGCACUUGUAGCCGGAGACAACUGUAACCUCUCUGAUCGGUUUCACGAACACGAAAAUGGAAAGUCCCGGAAACGGAGACACGACAGUGUGGAGAACAGUGACAGUCAUGUUGAAAAGAAAGCCCGGAGGAGCGAACAGAAGGAUCCUCUAGAAGAGCCUAAAGCGAAGAAGCACAAAAAAUCAAAGAAGAAAAAGAAAUCCAAAGACAAACACCGAGACCGCGACUCCAGGCAUCAGCAGGACUCAGAACUCUCAGCAGCGUGCUCUGACGCUGACCUCCACAGACACAAAAAAAAGAAGAAGAAAAAGAAGAGACAUUCAAGAAAAUCAGAGGACUUUGUUAAAGAUUCAGAACUGCACUUACCCAGGGUCGCCAGCUUGGAGACUGUCGCCCAGUUCCGGAGAGCCCAGGGUGGCUUUCCUCUCUCUGGUGGCCCGCCUCUGGAAGGCGUCGGACCUUUCCGUGAGAAAACGAAACACUUACGGAUGGAAAGCAGGGAUGACAGGUGUCGUCUCUUUGAGUAUGGCCAGGCGAAUCGGGGAAGGAGAUUCGUGAGGGCUGCUUGGUACCCGAGGAUCCGAGGAUGCAGUGGAUGGGCUCAUUCUGAGUGUGGUGCGGGCUCCCAGGAUCGUGGGCUUCCAGCUGGGGCUACUGGGAGACAGUGAUGGCCCCCGAGGCAGCUGGUCCAGCAGGAGGGAGGUUGAACGUGAUCUUGUUUGCCUCGUGUCUCGGGUGCUGUGGUCAGGCGUGUCUGUGUGGUGGCCCUGUGUUUCCGUCCCCGUCCCACUGCACCGAUGACAGGGUUUGCAGCUGGCACUUCUGCUGCAAGCAGACUGAGGAGCCUUUCUUGUUCUUCCGAGAAGGCCGCUGCCCGGCCCCGCCUCACCCAGCGUCCUGUGGUCCUGCAGGUCCCCCUCUACCCUGGACUUCGGCCCCUUGUCUUUCUCUUUCAAACUCCUCCUCCGGCUCUGUUCCGCCCAGUUCAGUUCUUGGGCCUGAGAUCUGUUCUAACUAACAUCAGGCUGCGUGUGGGUUGGAUGGAGCCCUCAGUCAUCACGUAAACCCUUUGACAUCAGUAAAACCCUGGGAGCAGCCGCUGAGCGCUGGGACAUGCCUGCUCACCUCACUGGGGAGUGGCCUCAGGCGCUCACAGGGAACCACAGUGACUCUGACCAUAGCCACUUAACGCACACACACAGCAGAGGCACUGGCGAUUUUGCAACCAUCAUUAAAAUCUCUUUCCUGACCUUUGCUUUCUAGGUGAUUGAAAACUCAGCCUCAAAACAAAAAACUCACUAGUUAUGGUAAGCUGUCUUCCUGUCUGUUUCCUCGUUGUUUGUGGUGGCGCUGAGGGGACGCAGGCAGAGGAGUUGUAAUUCUGCGGCUCUGCCUGGGGGCUGGGCUCAUAGGAGUUGGCAGCGCCACGGAGAGGCCCCGGCAGGUUCCCAGCCAGCCCAGACCCAGGCCACGCGCUUGGGGACAGACCUAGACCCUCCACCUCAUCACGUUUGCAUUACUGGCUGGGGAAGACCCUCAUCCCUCACGCAGGCAGAGUCGCCCUGUUCCCUUGUGCCUCACUUGGGAAAAGCCAACCCGGCUCACAGCGGCAGAGCCCACGGGCCUUUGAUAAACAUCUGGGAAGGGAGAGGCCCAGUCCCCAGCACAGGCACCUCACUCAGGAGAGCGGAGCCUUGUUCCCUCGUCCAUCCCGUCCCCUGUGCUGCUGUCUGCGCCCCGAGGUGGCACUGAGCUGGAGCCAGCACCCCCCCAGCAGCCACCAUACAAAACCAUAGGAAGGUGGCCCAGGGCCGGGCAGCAGAUCAGGACCUCGGAGCUGUGGGGCUUUGUUGGAUCACUUCACACAGCGGUCCUGGGAGAGUCACUGGUUUUAUACCUGACCCUUGUGGAGCUAGAGGGGACGGUGAACCAUUUUUCCCUUGAAAGGAAACUUUGUCCAAAUGUGUCUGUCACAUGUAGUCAGCAAGAGGAAUUUAAAAUGAAUUGCCAAGUGAAGAGUCUGUGGAUUAAUUGGCCGUUAAUUAACAGGCUUUAUCAAUGUGUCCUCAAGGGAGAGGCCCAACCCUAAUUAAGGAGCUAAACUUCCUGAGUGAGGGGCUGUGAGGAUGGAGGUGGAGGAGGCAUCUGGGGCGGGUGGUGGCUGGGCCCAGCAGAUGGCGCCUCCCUGGCUGAGCUGCCCGCACCGCCAGUUCCCUCAUUUCCACUCAGGAAGGCAGAGUGAUCUCCUCAAGGAAGAGCUUCCCCAGCCUUCGGGAGCAGCUGGCAGGGCGUCCGGGAAUAAGCCCUACAUGCCGCCGCCCGCCUCCAGCUCACUAACCCUGCGCCUCUUGUCUUUCAGAUUGAACGCGUUCAACAGAAGCCAUCCCCAGCCCAGCUUAAAUUAUAAAGAUAGACAAUAACUCUGUUCCAAUCUGCGUGGUGCUUCUUUAGUAAAUACUGUACAGAUUUUACCAUGGAGAACUUUUUUUUUAGUUUUUACCUUUUCUUAAUUACCCUUAUUCCGAAUGGACGAACACUUUCUACCACUGCUGACCAUUGUAAAAUACCGUGUAUAUAAAUCCCAUUGAAAUAAUGCCCUGGAAUAGAACAUCUCAAAUGCUGCUUAAUUACAGACUCAGGUCGAUUACUUGUAUUUCAUGUAAUGUUCCUCCAAGUUAGACAUCUGGUGCAAGACCAACCGGGAGACCAUGGAAUUGUCAAAAGUACAAACUGACAGUGUGUAUAUUUAAUUUAAAGACUUAUUUAAAAACUCACAAGCUCUCACCUAGACUUUGGAGAGCAGUCUGUUUUCUGUAAUGUCUGAUACUAGAAACUAAUUUGCUUAUUUUAGUUGUAUUCAAGAUUUGAAGAUGUAUUUUAUAGACAAGUUCUGUUUUUGAACUUUGUGGAACUGUUCCAAUCAAUUUCCCAGUUAUGAUGAGUAUUUACAUUAUGAAUGUAUAACCCAGACAUGAUUUGUAAAGCCGACAGUAUGUUUCUAUUACACAACACUUUUUGAUACAGCGUCUCUUGUCUUCACUGAUACUGGAGUCUCCGUUGUCUGCUUGGUCCCUUCGAGUUUCUAGUUACAGACACAAUCAUACUGUGAUUUUAUUUUUAAUAUGGAUAUGCUAUCAAACUGUGAUACACUUAUAAUUCACUGGUCCUGCAUCAGGAGAUGGAGUGGGGAAAACUGUAUUUAAUACAGUUUGUAUCUGAAUAAUCUGUAUGGUUUAUACAGUUUGUGUUGUUCAGAGAUGUUUAAAGUUUGAUCUUUGUUUUUUUAAAGAUUAAAAAAGCACUUGCCCCACUGUAAAUAUACAGCAUGUAAAAUUUCUAUAGUAUAUAAAUGGCAGCAAAUCACA